AUGCCCGGCCGAAUGGUUAAGCUUGUGACACUUGCUCCCGACUUCUCCUCCUUUCUUCUCCCUUUUCCGCCGUCUCCUCCAUUUUGCCCGUCCUCUGCUCCUCAAACGCGACCACCGCUCGUCCGGUCGAUUUGCUGCCUCCAUCUGCGAAGAACAGUCGCCGCCGCAGGGAGACGAAGUCGAAGACGCAGACGAACACGAAGUCGAAGACGCAGACGAACACAUCCCCUUGUUCGACAAAGACGCAGCUGCGUUCGUCGACCCUCCUUCUCCGUUUUUCCAACCGGCAGUCCUGGUCGCCGUCUCCAUCUGCCCUCCCCAUCUCGCCGGCACAUCUGCCCUCCUAAUCUCACCGCCUCCUUGCUCGAUUUCUUCCCCAAGAUAGAUGUUCUGUUAUUGACCACUACACAAUCUAUGUUUGAAGUUCAAUUAAACGCUAGCAUGUUACAUGGUUUUUUUGUUCGUGGCAUUAUUGAAUACAACUUUAGAAUAAUUAGGGUUCUUCCUUUAGCCCGUGAGUUUUUGCAGCUGCUUCUUCGUGCUAAACUAAUGUUCUUUUAUUUUGAAGGUUUAUAUUAACAUAUAUUAAAGCAUGCAGCAAGCAUUCUAUGAAUCAAAGACUGAGAGAAUCACGAAGGGAAUGCACUCUUUCAACAGACGAGUUGAUGUAAGCAGAUUCCAAAGCUGUCAAGAUUAAACGGGAACUGUUAAGACUAAGUACCUCAGCAGCAGCCUCUUCAGUGAAAGAAGAGUUAAGUAGAAUAACAGCCCGUUUUAGAACAUUAUAUUAAUUAUAACAUUAUAUAAAUGUUGGUGCAUCUAUGCUAAUAAAUUCACGUUUUUAUGUUGUUUCUUUUACCUAGUUUGGGACAAUUGUGAGUUGAAUGUGGUAUUUGACAAA